AUGCUGGCGAGGCGGCAGCGCGACCCACUCCAGUCCUUGCAGCGCCGCAGUCAGGAGCUGAAGCAGCAGGUUGAUGGGUUACUUUUUGAGAGUCGACUGAAAGGAGCUCUAGAAGAAAGUAAGAGGAGAGAUAUGUACCAAAGAUGUAUCCAAUUAAAACAGGCAAUAGAUGAAAAUAAAAAUGCUCUUCAAAAAUUAAAAAAAGCUGAUGAACCUGCACCUGUGGGAAAUUAUUAUCAGAAGAAAGAAGAGGAGCACAAUCUUUUGGAUAAGCUUACUCACCAACUGCAGGAGCUUGCUGUGUCCAUAAGCAGAGAAAAUGGCACUGAAACUGGGGCACUUACUGAAAGAGAGGAAGAGGAGAAUUCUGCUGAAGAAGAUGAAGAAGAAGACGAAGAAGAAAGUGCAGAAAGUGGGGGCGAGGAUGAAGAAACAGAAGAGGAAGAGGAAGAGAAACAGGAAGGCGAGUCUCACCCAGAGGCCACAGGUGGAGAGUACAUUGCUCUUGGAGAUUUUAUGGCUCAGCAAGUGGGAGACCUUACAUUUAAAAAAGGGGAAAUUCUUUGCAUAAUCAAAAAAAACUCUGAUGGUUGGUGGAUGGCUAAGAACGCCAAAGGAAACGAAGGCCUUAUUCCGAAAACCUACCUGGAGCCCUAUAACAAAGAAGAAGGCCAAGAAUCCAGUGAGGAAGAUACAGAGCUAGGGGAUGAAGCAGCAGAGGGAGCAGAAGUCGAGCAAAGAACCGAUUCUCACUGGAGUGCUGUCCGGAAAGCCAUCUCAGAGAUAAACACCGUUGAUGUGUUGACCACGAUGGGAGCUGUUCCUGCCGGGUUCAGGCCUUCCACCCUCUUCCAGCUCCUGGAGGAAGGGAAUCAAUUUCGAGCAAGUUACUUCUUACAGCCAGAGCUCACACCUUCCCAACUGGCCUUCAGAGAUCUAAUGUGGGAUGCAAAAACUGGCUCUAUCAGGUCAAGACCGAGCCGUGUCUCCUUGAUUCUGACUCUCUGGAGCUGCAAGGUGAUUCCUCUUCCAGGGGUGAGCAUCCAAGUUCUGAGCAGACACGUGCGCCUCUGUCUGUUUGAUGGCAGUGAGGUUCUGAGCAACAUUCAUACAGUCAGGGCCACGUGGCAACCUAAGAAGCCCAAAACAUGGACCUUUUCUCCCCAGGUUACUGGCAUCUUGCCCUGCUUGCUUGAUGGCGACUGUUUCAUCAGAUCCAAUUCUUCCUCUCCAGAUCUUGGAAUAUUAUUUGAACUUGGAAUUUCUUAUAUUCGCAAUUCCACUGGUGAAAGAGGAGAGUUGAGCUGUGGCUGGGUGUUUCUGAAACUUUUUGACGCCACUGGAAUUCCUAUUCCAGCAAAGACUUACAAGCUCUUCUUGAAUGGAGGCACCCCGUAUGAAAAAGGUGUUGAAGUGGACCCUUCAGUAUCCAGAAGAGCACAUGGUAGUGUUUUCCAUCAGUUGAUGACAAUGAGGAGGCAGCCUCAACUUCUAGUGAAACUGAGAUCUUUGAACAGAAGAUCACGGAGCACGCUCAGCCUACUACCAGAAACAUUAAUUGGAAGCAUGUGCUGCGUUCAUUUGUUGAUAUUUUAUCGCCAGAUUCUUGGAGAUGUUCUCCUGAAAGACAGGAUGAGCCUGAGCAGUGCAGAUUUAAUUAGUAAUCCAGUGCUGGCCACCUUCCCCAAGCUCUUGGAGGAGUCAGACAUAAUGGAUGCACUCAGGAGUUCCUGGGCUGAGAAAGAGAGUACGUUAAAAAGAUCAGAGAAGAGAGACAGGGAGCUGCUGGCGGCCGUGUUCCUGCUGGUCUACCACGACCGCGUGCUCCCCCUGCUGCGCUGCGCGCCCCUGCCCCCGUUCAGGUGGGCCGAGGAGGAGGCUGCGGCUGCCCGGUGGAAGGUCAUCGCCGACUUCCUCCAGCAGCACCAGGGAACUGAGGGCGCCCUCCAGGCUCUGCUCUCGCCGGAGGGGGUCCAUGAACCUUUCGACAUUUCCGAGCAGACCUAUGACUUCUUGGGUGAAAGAAGAAAGAACAUAGCCUGA